AUGGAACUUAUCCUCUACUUGGAACCAGCUCCUACAUCACCAUUCAGACACCAUGUCGAUUCCUUCAUUCAAAGUACUCGAGUUCCACCUGCCGUGUCAACUGCUUGUAAAUAUCAUUGCCACGUAUCCAUGACUGGUUUCUUUCACGUUCCCAAGGACACGCUCCCUUUUGUCAUAACAACGCUUGAUCAUUUAUUGAAGAAAGAUCCCACUACUAUGACGACAUCGAAUACGCUCCUCACCAAACAUGAUCCUCCAUAUAUCCAUAAAGAUCCAGUUCUUGUCAGAAACUCCACCAUCAUCCACAAUCCUGCCACUGGAGAGGAGCAAACUAUCAAUCAAAUGCCGGUGCACUUGUUGCUCUCUAUAACCGUUCCACCCAUUUAUCAUGAAAUCGUCAAUGAACUUGCAUGCCGCAUCAAGGGUAUACGCGCAAAGGCUAUAAACCACAUCAGCCUUGCCUAUUGGGAUGAGCCUGGAGAAUCACGUGACUUGCAAUCUGUUUGGAAUCGUCGUGUGCUUGAGGAUGGCAUGAUGGAUGAUAUGUAUCGACGUGCAUGUGAAGAGUUCGGUAAAAGCGACUUUGAAAGAGCGAUCGACUGGGAUAUCGUAUUGUAUCAAAGGACGAGCAAGAGUACCCGUGCAGGUGUGCCGCAUGCCUUUGUUGAAAAGAAACGAUGGUGGGCUACCGAUCGCUCAUCACCCAAAUGA